AUGAAGUACUUAGAGAUGUUACUAUGUCACAAUUCAAUCGCUCAAGGAUAUUUAUCGACAGAGCAGAAUGAAGAAUUCGACGAGAUUAAUGCAGAUGUACGAAAAACAACGGACUGUGAGGUAGAUGAACAAGAUACUUUAGGAGGCAGUCAGACAAAGAAGGUUUACAUAGCCGGCUCUGAUGAUAAGCUUUACAAAUUUAUCAACGAACUCGUCCAAAACAAGGUGAAAAAUGAACUUACAGUGUAUUUCUAUUUCUACAAACAUAAAAAAUUUAGUUACAUAAGCAGCUUUCCGACGUCUUUUGACAGUUUAAAAUCGGUAUUGUGUAAAUACGCCCAUUAUUUUUACGAAAAUAAAACAGCGGAUAUAAAUAGUAUAGAACAGUUUGUAGAUAACUUAAUUGUGCUAUCACGUACUAAAGGAAAGCGUUUUGUUGGUGCAAGCCGAAAUAAAGACCAUCCUAUUAAUAUAAGUGAUGAAGAUGAUUAUAGAAUUUACACUAAAAAUAAGGGCUACUAUGAAUUUGACGUGCCGGAGACACAGCAUUAUAAAGGUAAAGAUAUUAACGUUGAAACGGUAAACGUCGGAAACUAUAAUGAUUUCGAUAGUAAAUUGGAUACAGAAGACUUAGAUUCACAGCACACUAACAAGCAGAAUGAUAUUUUUCCUACUGUCCAUAAGAACAUCAUUGAUGAUACUGAGGUCAUUCAAAAUGAUAAAACUAGAUUAAACAUCAAGAAUUCGAAUUCAGAUGCUAUGAACACUGGCAUUUAUGAGUUUGAUAUAACAGGUGGUGAAAAGUACAAACAAAAAGAUAUAAUUUUUGAUACUAACUAUAUAAGUGGGGGAAUGGAUGGUGAUAAGUAUAACGAUAAUAAUGAUUACGAUGUAAUUACUAACAAGAACAAUGAUGCUUAUGAAUUCAAUGUACCUAAUAGUAAAAACUAUAAAGGAAAUAAUAUAAUCGUUGAUAUAGUAGAACCAGAGAGCUACUUAGACAAGCAAGGUGAAGAAAACAUUGUAACAGGUUAUAAAAUACCUCCAACUACAUAUGGUAUGAGCGAUGUUAAUAAUAGAGCUGGAAUAGAUAGCUUACCGACGCAACUCUAUGAUACUGGAGGUUUAGGUAAAACAGAUAAAGAAUAUGAAUUUAACGCUCCUUGUAGCAAUUAUAAACAAAAAGAUAUAAAUGUUGAUAUUUUUAAAAGUAAUCUAAACAAUAAUGAAAUUUUAAGUAACCAAAAUACUGGCUAUAAUGAAUUUGAUGUCCAAAGCCCAAGUUAUAAAGGAAAGGAUAUAAAUGUUGACAUUUUAAAUGGUUUUCCUAGGCAAGAAGAUAAUUUUAGAAACAAGCUAGUUGAACCUGUAAGACAUUUGUAUAAAGAUGCCCACAUAUCUUCUUACUUUAAAGGCGAUGCCACAAAUCGUGGUUAUGCGUUAGAUACAAAUUUAAAUGAACUAAGUUCUCUAAUAAAUAAAAAUUCACCACAAAGUGAAAGCGAUGGAACUUUAAUAGAAUAUCCAGCUACAUCAACAAAACAGGAAUUAACUCUAUCAAAUGGUAAUGCGAUAGAUAAUGAACCACUUCAGACAGAAAUUGGUUCAUAUGCGCCAUAUAGUGCACAAGUAAAUGUUCCACACGAAAAUACAUACCCAAUAAGAGAGGAUUAUGACGGAUCAACAUUGAAAAAUGAACUAAGAGAUGGUAUGGAUACAAAUAUCAAGGAAUUUAUUCCUUAUUAUUCUAGCUCUGAUGUACUAGAUACAGAAAAACCAACCUUAGUAAAUAAAAAUACUGUAACGAAUAAAGGAGAAUAUACAAUGCAAGACUUGCCAUGUCAUACACAUUUAGGUGAACAGCCGAACGAUCACACGCAUAGAACGGUUUAUUGGCCUAAGGGACAUUUUCAUUUGACCUAUCAUCUAGACGAACCCUACUCAACUAUUUGUGAGAAGAGUGAUACUAUGGACAAUACUGAUUUGAAAAUUCCAUGUAGCAAUUAUUAUAUACCAGACUCUUACUCAUUUAGAAAAAAUAAACUUAAUUCCAUCCCAUAUUUAGGAGGAAAGACUUAUGGCUAUAAUGAAUAUUCUAUUAAAAAUCCUCCUUGGCCAAAUAAUAUCGAUAUUAAUCUCGCUCACAUGAAUCAAAGAAAACAAGCACUUAGUGAUUUAAAAACGCAGCCUCUUCGAACGAGUGAAAGUUUUGUUGGAAAUUUACGUGACCGUUUUGAAAGUGAUCUUCCUGAAAUUGACAAACACAGGUAUUCCUUUCGUGGUCCUCCCUAUUCUAAUAAUUAUUUAUCAGAUUACAAGGGAAACUAUGGAAGAAAACCUUUCAGGUUACAAUCACAACCUUGUUCGAAGAACUACAAUCAUCAAGUAAUGAAAGCAAAACAUGAUUUAAAUGACUUACAUCAAGGACAAGCAUAUUAUUCACAAUAUGAGGGAAUUUACGAUAAUAAUUCUCAACAGAAGAAUAUGUUUAGGAAUUUACAUAAAUCAUCAUAUGGUGUUAUGUCGGAUAAAACGAAUAUGUAUAAACCGAAAAAUCCCUUUCACGUGUGUAAUAAAAUACCCUGUCAGAGAAAUGUGCACACUGUUCCUAUCUGUACAGCCAAAAAUAUUAUUGCUACACCUAACUCAUAUAUACCAGUAAGUAAACCAUCGUCUUUACAAAUACCAGACAGCACAUUUGAUAAAUUAAAAUAUUCUCUUUAUCCUACGCAGAUGACGUAUGAUCAAUCUUAUUCAACAAAUACCCAAGACUUAUACAAGAGUCAUAUUCACUCCCCGAUACCUAGAUCAAGUCUAAAAUCUUACAUAACAUCUUAUCAAUCCGAUAAAUCUAAGAUACCAAUACAACAAAGUAAUAGAUACCAUUCGAAUUAUUUUGAUACCUAUGAAGUGCCCAGAAUAUGGGGCUUGCAAAAGAUGCUUCCAAAUUCCUUUAACCAUCAAUUAUAUUCAGGCUAUAGCAACGAUUUUGGUAAAAACCAAAUGUAUCUACCUACUAUAAAUGUCAGUAAUAACAUUAAAAGCAAACAAACGCAGUCUUAUGAUCAAAUCCCUAAUAGUUUGAAUAUAUCCCCUUAUAUGAGUGAUGCUGAUCAGAAAUCUCAUUUACCGUGUUAUAAUGAAAUAUUAGCUGAUUUCCAAUCCAAUUCUCCUUCUAUAGAAUACCAACAAAAUCCUCUUUACGAACUUCAUAAUUAUAUCGGCAAACCUUGCCACGCCAUUAUGGGAAAUCUACCUUAUAAAGUCCAAGCUAAUAGCUUUCAAGGAUGGAAAGCUACCGUCUUAAGUCAACAGCCUUGUCAUAACUAUUUACCUAGUUUCACUCAAAAAUUACCUCGCUUCAGCAGUCCUUCAAACUACCAUAAUACAAAUUUACCACAACAAACCAAUACACCAUGUUUCCGUAGCUAUGAACCUUGUGUUCAGCUUGAAAGACCUCAGUCAGAGACAGAAAGAGGCGUAUCCCAAAAGAAUGCGUACUCAUACAACACUCCUCUAAAAGUUAGACAAAAUCUACCUUACAGCACUUACACAAAACCGUUUAUGGUAAACUCAAAAAUUUGUACUCCUAAUUUUAAUCCAGCUAUUACGGACAUAAUACCACAAAAAGAUAAUACAUUUAUCAAUCAACCUUUAAUAACUACACCCGUUAGAUAUGAUACAGACAUUCCAAAAUCGAUAUGUCCUCUCGCAAAAGUAAAUAUGCAAAAUAAGCUUGCACUAUGGAACAGGAAUGAUAUAUCUAGAAGUAUUUUCGCAGAUGAUUUUAUAUGCAAGGAUAAGCUUAGAGAAUCCUACGGAAGUUUUACACCAUUUUUUCCGCCUUACGCCUUAAAUCCAAUACAGUGGCACGAAUCAAAAAAAGAUAUAAAGAGUAAUGUGGUCGCAGAUAAUUUAGACAACACAUUUACAUCUAUGUAUGUACCUAGUUCUUUAAGUUAUCCACAAUCCUACUCCAAUAAUAUUGCAUAUAAUCCUUAUAUUUAUAGUCCAAAUCCCUCGUUACAGGAAAUAUCAUAUCAAAAUCGUAAAUCAACGCUAUUUAAACCAACUGUUGAUGUCACUAGACCUGAAAAUAUAAGUCCUUUGACGUCACUAUCAUCUCAUUUUAUCACGGAACCGAAAUUAAGUACAUCUCCAUUGAUGGUCGCAAAACCUUCUAUACCUUGUACGUACUCACAAAACACAAUAGCUGAUGCACAACUAGAAGAACCAUGUAAUUACAAUAUUAAGAAACCUAGCUACACCACAACAUCAUAUAAUAUUAUCUUAAACAAAGAUAUUCGAAGCGAAACUUUAAAACAACAAAACGCUAACAAAUUCCAUCAGAGUUCACGAAAGCCAAUUAAAAAUCUAUAUACACUCAUCAAUAGUAAACCAGGUCAAUUCGCUUCAUUUAAAACUUCACAUCCAAAUCUCCCGUGCGACAAUUAUCUAUCACAAUUUGAACCUUUAGUUUACAAAUAUGGGCAGGGUAUGCUUCCAAUACGAAACCGCCAAGAUUAUUUACCUUUUAAAUACAAUUCAGAAAAAGAAAAAAGUAGUUUCUAUAAGCCAGGUGUCACAUAUAAUACUAGAAUAAAUCAAAUUGCAGGUACAAAAAUAUGCCCGUUUUCUGGUCUAGGAGAAAAUAUACCAUACUCUCCAAGUUUUCAAAACGUUAUUGGAACAAUUGAUGUUGACAAUGAGCCUCAGUCUUCCACAUAUUUCGGUCCAAGUUCUGGUCAUCAUUUAAACCAACACCCAUGUUAUGAACAAGCUUAUUCCGUAAAACCUUAUAAGCCCUUCUACAAUAGAAAUCCUUAUAUACAAGAUAGUUUUGAUUUGACUGGCAAACCAACAAUGAGUCUGUACCCUCAACCAGCAUUAAUAGAUUCUACAAUACCCAGUGUUUCCAAUAAUUAUUUAAGGAAAACAUGUCAAAAUUCAAUCAAUCUUUCCAGAUUUGACUAUCUUUCAAAUGGACCAAAAAUUUUUACUGACCCUAAGCAAGUAAGCAAAUAUAGUGCUCAUUAUCCUAGUAUCGACAAUUAUCUAAAUCCAUUUUCUUUAAAUUCUAAGUCAACUUACAAUUCUCUACAAGAAUCGUAUUUACCUAGCAACUAUUACGACGUUAAUUUUCCAAAUACUGAUAAUGACAACAAUUAUUUAAAUUCUUACUUGGCACUAGGUACAAACAAGCCUUGCAUACAUAUAAUGUCUAAUAAACCAGGGUUAUAUAAUAAACAAGUAAACGAAGAUACAUUCAAUCCAUCGAUAUGUGAUUAUAGUAGUGCGAAAUAUAAAGAAAAUAUUCCAAAACUAACAAUUAAUAAUAUCAAAGAAAUAUUCAAAAGUAAACUUAACAAUGCAAUACCGACAGCGCUACCUACAAAAUAUUUCGAUGAUAAUUUCAAUGAUCCAAAUGUGCAUGCGCAGGAUACAAUAAAGAUUGAUUUAGGUGAUAUAGCUGUAGCGAAAUACGACGAUAAAAACAGAUACAUGAUUAAAACUGAUAAUCCAAAAAUCGAUUUGAUUGUCUGGAAGUCUAAAGUUAAAACGCUAAAUGCGAAAUUAAUUAUUAAUGUUAAAGAUAUGCCUGUGGUUAAUUUUAUGCCGGUAGUAAGAGAUAUGAGCAUAGACGACGGUUAUAAUAUAGCUAAGGAUUAUGUUAAAAGGUUUUUCGGAGAGCCCAUGAUUGUAAAUGGACGAUAUACGGCAUACGAUCCGUACGCGGUUGUGCUCAAUAGUAAGAAUAGUUACGUUUUGUGGCCUGCGAUUUGUAACUGUGGUUGUAAGGUAUGUGGUUGUAAAUGUGGACAAUAA